AUGCUCGGACUCACGCAAUUUGUAUUCACGACGGCGUGCGCGUGCCACGACGUGAGCAAAGCAAACGAGUGGGCGAUGUUCUUUGAGUACGGGGACAAGGACUUACUUCGUGAUGUUUUCGUCGGUUUUGAGUCCCUUCGUAACAGCGUGACUUUGAUAGGUGACUACCUCGACCAAUGGAUCGCCCUGAGGAUUCAAGCAGCCCUCCCUCUCAGUCCACCAGAAAUCGACGAAUACCGAAUGACGUGGGUAUGCAUCGGCGUUGAUUCCGACAUCAUCGAUGCUAUAUGCGAACAAUUGCAGUUGCGUUUUGUGGAUGGCCGUUUGUUGGUUUGUGAAACUUCGUUCGCUGCUGAGGAGGAUUUAUUUUCCCGAAUACGAGGCAUCAUGUUGACAGCGUUCUCGUUUCGCAGGUUCUCUGAAACACGGUGGGCUUCCGUGGGAUCUUCUGCGCAAGGCGUGGUUGCUGGACUGAUGCUUGGUUUGUCCGAUUUGGUCCAGUACAUAUUGAACGACCCAGCAUCCAGCAAAUACUUCCUCAGAGGGUGGUCCCGAUUAUCUGGUGACCGCUUGGAGUUUGUGGUUGUGCAGUCGCUCGUCACGAGGGUCAGCGAUGGGUUGCUAUUAGAACUGAUGAAGGACAGCCGCGUUCUACUUAGAGAGGACGAGCUCCAGGACGUGAUUCAAGAUGAACUAUCAUGGCUGUCAUCGCUCCCUCUGUCGGUUUACAGCUGCUUCGGAGGUCUCGUAGAAUUGUCUGGGCAGGCUCUGCGGCACCGGUGCAUCAGGGCAGGCCUCGUCAUCAAGGCUUUCGUGCAGUUCCGCAUCUUCGACUGCACGAAGCAAUUGCCUUAUUGCAUGGCUCGGGGCGAUCGCGCCGAGUUGCGGCAAAAUUUGGACAUGCUACGAGCAGGCCGACGCCAUCACGGCGCCGCCGGCGGAACCCAAGGGCGACAUUCCUGA